AUGGCAACGCCGGCGAAACGGCUGAAAUACGAGGCGAAGGACUUGGCUACCAAGGUGGAAAUUUUGCGGGCUCUGAAGGACGGACUCUCUCGACAAGAAGCCAUGAAGAAGUACGACGUGAAAAGAAGUACCUUGAGCACGUAUGUGAAAAAUGAAGAACAGAUUCUUCAGGCGUUCGAAAGCGAGAAGUUUCGAGCGUCACGAAAGCGUCUGCGAACAGCAGCUCAUCCAGAGUUAGAAGAGGCUUUGCUUCGGUGGGUGGUCGACUCGCGUAAUGCAAAUCUGCCAUUGAGUGGACCCCUCAUCAUGGCGCAAGCCGAGAGGUUUGCACUGAUGAUGCAUAUCGAUGCAUUCAAGGCAUCGGAAGGGUGGUGUGCGCGCUUCAGAGAGCGACAUGGCCUCAUUUUUAAGACUGUGUGCGGCGAAAGAGGCGCUGUCAACGAAGACGUUGCCAACAACUGGAAGAACGCUCAGCUGCUUGAACACAUCGCCGCCUACGAUCCAAAUGACAUAUUUAAGGCUGAUGAAACAGCACUUUUCUUUAAGGCUUUGCCAGACAAGACUGUGACCAUGAAAGGAGAUCCGUGCAUCGGUAGCAAAAGAUCCAAGGAACGCGUCACCAUUCUUUUAGCCGCCAACAUGACAGGAACAGAGUGCUGGCCGCUUGUCGUCAUUGGAAAGGCACAAAAGCCACGGUGCUUUAAGAACAUGCCUGCUCUUCCGGUGGAAUACCGAGCGAUUAAAAAGGCCUGGGUGACGUCGGAAAUUUUUCGUGGCUGGAUGCAGAAGUUAGACCGACAGUUUUCCGCAAAGAACCCCAAAGUGUUAAUGGUGCUGGACAAUUGUAGUACGCAUAACAGUGUCACCGGCCUGGGCAACAUAGAAGUUGUUUUCUUGCCGCCGAACACAACAUCGGCCCUCCAACCGAUGGACCAAGGCAUAAUUCAGUAUGUCAAGACCAAAUACCGCAGGCGCGUGCUGGAACGGAUGCUCCUGUGCCAUGAAGUCGGCAAGCAGUACGACGUGAAUCUUUUGAGCGCGGUCAACAUUCUUGCCUACGUUUGGCACAACACGCCCGCGCACGUCGUCGCCAACUGUUUUAGACACAGUGGCUUCGUUGUGCGUGAGCCUGGCGAUGAUGCAGUAGCCAAAGUGUCGCUAGAUGACAAUGGAGAUGACUGCGAGGAUUUUGGAGGAGUUCUGCCGGAUGUGGUGACACUCGCUGAUUACGUCGGCAUUGAUGACGGCGUUGUUACAGCCGGCUCACUUACCGAAGAAGAAAUUCCUAUAUAG